AUGUCUCGCUUGCGGGUGAUCCUCCGUGAUCGCGCGGUGCUGGUGACGCUCGGCGCAAACCUGGAGUUGCUCGACCUGCAGCUCGGAAGCGACGAGGCGGCGGCGGAGCUCGACGCCGUGCCCGGCUUCGCGGUGUCCCAGGCGGGGCGCGAGCUGACCCGCGCGCUGGAGCGGCAUGCGCUGGCGCACGAUGCGGCGGACAGCUUGCAGAAGCUCCUGAUCCGUUGGCGCAAGACCCGUCGCAGCGACCCCAUCCUGGAAGCCGUGGGUGCUUCUCGGCCGGGCCCCCGCGUCUUCGUGGAUCGAGUGGGGAGACGCAACCUGGCGGACCUGUCCUGGGAGGUUUUGGCCCCGGACGUGGCUGGGGGCUUCUUCGAGGUAGCGCUCUUUGGCUACGCGCCCCGGGCGGCCGUUUCCGCGUCCGCGUCGCCGCGGCUGCGGCAGCUGGGCAGCUUCCGAGUGCCGGGCAACUCCGCGGCGCGAGGCCACCGAUUGACUCGGCUGCAGCCGCAGCGGUGGUACCGGGUGCAAGUGCGCAGCGUGGGGCCGCGGAAGCGCUGGGUCUCCCAGUGGAGCGCUGAGGUGCCCUUCCGAACUCUGAGCACUUCCGCCGCCAAGGAGAGCAAGGGCUGCACGUGA